AUGACGUCUAUCUUUUAUCUCCAUGGCUCUAAGCUUUGCUACAAUUUGGGCUCUUCUUCUCUCCAAAGUCUGAUUAGCCCAGAGAGUUAUAUCAACUUUCCACAAACACAGACAGAGCUGGAUUCAUCCUUUUUCUUCGAUUUCGACGAUGAUAAUAAUCUGUCACUUUCCAACACUUCCAUCGAUUCACUCUUCGAUACGAAUGUCAAGGAUUGCAGUACAGCUUUUCUUCCGAACUUCUACUCCACAGCAGAACACAGCUUAGUUUCUCUCUCUCCAAAAAAACCCUAUGUUAAUUCUCAGGAUGAAGAAGCACGUCACCCCAAACGACAAAAGAUUACUACGUCCGAAAAUCACUGUCGUUUCACUUAUGCUUCUGAGCUCUCGAAUGCUGCGUUUGUGCCAAAUCCAAGUUGGAGAGAUGUAAACAUUUUCCCGUCGUCACAAGCACUAGUCUUUAAUGCUUGUGGAAACCAGGAGAUGAAGAGUGACAUGAAAAGAGGCAAUAGUAGUAGCGGUAGUACUAGUACUACUGCGGUGUCAGCGCAGAGCAUCGCGGCCCGAGAGAGGAGGAGAAAGAUAACGGAGAAGACUCAGGAGCUAGGAAAGCUGAUUCCAGGUGGGAACAAGAUGAAGACUGCUGAGAUGUUCCAAGCUGCUUAUAAGUACGUCAAGUUCUUGCAGGCUCAACUUGCUGUUCUUCUGCUCAUACGAUCAAUUCGGGAGCAGAGAGAACAAUCGUUAGUGCAUAUAAAAGAACUGCAAGUUUUAGCAUCUCCAAUUAUUCAGGAAAAGUUGUACUCAGAUGAGAAAUGCUUGGUUCCCAAAGAGUUCGUUCAAGCCCUAGCAAACAAUCAUGAGAUCCAAUCAAAAUCCUUCUUUGAAGACAUUGAGCACUUGCUGCAGAUCAAUGGCUGA